AGGAUGGCAAUAGUGAUAGCUAUCAAAUGAAGACAUAGAAAGAUGUCCAUACAUAUGAUCCUUGCUUCAAAAAUCUUAGGGCCGAUCAGAAUACUUUAACUCACCUAUUUAAGAGAAAAGUACAGUAUAAUCCUCAAUAUAGCCUGAAGGAAAUGAAAGAUGAUUUAGAGACUGGAUUUGAAUUAAAUGUGUCAAUGUCUAAGCUUAAGAGGGCCAAGAAUUUAGCACUUAAGAAGUUAGAGGGCAGUUUUGUUGAUGACUAUAAGAAACUUGAGGCCUAUAAGCAAGAACUUAAACAAUCUAAUCCUGGAAAGUAGGGGAAAUUUUUUUGAAAAGUAGAACCAGCUCAGGCAAUGGAACCUCCUGAUGUUUCCAAGAAUGUGGGCAGACCUAGAGCAAAGAGAACCAGGGAACCAGAUGAAGCAAGGAAGAGAGUCGGGGAGUGGAGUUACUCAAGAAAGGGAGUUGUGAUGACAUGCAGCAAUUGUGGUGGGGAAAACCACAAUGUUAGGGGUUGUUUCAAGGAGAAACUAAUGCAGACACUUCAAAAUCAAGAAAAAGGAAACACCAGAAAGGUGGUUCAAGUCAGACCUCAGCUCCAGAAUUUUCACUUGCAUCUGCUGCUUUUGAAGAUGAAGGAAUGGACUUUGAUAGUGAACCUAUGACACAACAGACACAAGAAUCCUCUUAUGCCACAACUGGCUUAUCAUAAGGCUAUGGUUCUGUUAUUAGUACUGAUGAAGAUCCACCUCUGAGGCCAAUAGUUAUUGCUGAAUCAGAAACAAGACUUGCAGUUAGAAAGCUGCAUGUAAUGCCACCAACAGGAAGAAGAAGAAUUCAAUUUUAUAAAGAUAUAGAUGGAGUGGCAAUACCAUCAAAUUUGCCUUACUCACCAACUAAGGCAACUUGGAAGGGGAAACCAACUGUCACACUCAAGCAGAUCCAAGAUGAAGCAAA